UAUAAAGUGGAGCAGAGCUGGAAGUUGAACGCUAAACGCGUCUGUAACCCGGUCGAGAGAGCGCACGCUGUGCUGUGCGGUGCUUUGGUGAUGCCCGAGCUUCACGCGCAUUACGGACAUUACAUAUAAAGUCCAGCACAAUAUUCAUUCUCAAGCAGAAAUGACCUGUGUUCAAAGCCAACAUGGAGUCCAGCCUUAUGAGAGCAUGUUCUUCAGCUCAGAGCUUAUGAACCCUGACUUCACCUCCAGGUUGGCCAUGGACGUGAGCGAACAGCGGGAGCAGCUCUCCACAUCCUCUCUGCCAAGCAUCACCUCUCUGGUUGGACACUACGGGGGAGAAUUUGAUACCUACUCCUGUCAGCUUGCCACUGCGACUGCUACUGCCUCAACCUGUGCUGGCGCCACAUCAAGUCAGGACUCCUUCAAGCUGGACAACCUCUCGGUUUAUGGCUGCUACCCCGGUACAUUCACCUUGAGCUACAUGGAUGAUGCGAUGUCUACGUCUGGUGCCUCGAACUGUUUCGGCAGCCCCGUCUCAGCACCUUCACCCUCCACCCCAGGGUUCCAAUCAGUGCCUUCCUGGGAUGGAGCGUAUGGGUCCUGCUCCCCAGACGCAGGCUGCUGGGGUUUGGAGAAGACACCCCUUACUCAGGCUUCUUCCUUUUUCACUUUUGGACAUGAGGACAUGUCCCCUCUGGGGCAGCUGCAGCAACAUCAGCUUCCUGAUCAGGAUCCCUUUUCUCGGAGCCAUCAGAACAGCUUCAGUCCUCUCAGGCUGGAUCACAGCAGCAGGGAGAGUACGGUCCUGAUGGACAAUCAGCUGUCUCCCAAAAUCAAGAGUCCAACAGGAAACGAAGGGUGCUGUGCGGUGUGUGGGGACAAUGCCUCCUGCCAGCACUAUGGAGUGCGCACCUGUGAGGGCUGCAAGGGCUUCUUUAAGCGUACAGUGCAGAAAAAUGCUAAGUACGUAUGCCUCGCAAACAAAGACUGUCCAGUGGACAAACGGCGGCGGAACAGGUGCCAGUUCUGUCGCUUUCAGAAGUGCCUGGCAGUCGGAAUGGUGAAAGAAGUUGUGAGAACAGACAGCUUAAAGGGCAGAAGGGGACGUUUACCCUCGAAACCAAAACCGGUCACAGAAUCCGUGUCUGCUCCGAGUUCUGGGAAUAUCAUCAACUGUCUUGUGAAUGCUCACAUAGACUCGAACCCGGCCAUCAUGGACUACUCGAAGUAUCAGCAAACAGUGGCUAGCAUGUCUGAAAAGGAGGACGCCAGUGACAUCCAGCAGUUUUACGACCUCCUGACCGGGUCCAUUAGCGUGAUCAGGAAGUGGGCUGAAAGCAUCCCGGGAUUCACCGCCUUCUCUAAGGAAGACCAGGACUUACUGUUCGAAUCAGCCUUUGUCGAGCUCUUCAUUUUACGACUAGCUUACAGAUCAAACCCAGAGACGGACAAGCUGAUCUUUUGCAACGGUGUGGUUCUGCACCGUACACAGUGCGUGCGGGGAUUUGGCGAUUGGAUCGACUCCAUCAUAGAGUUCUCACAGGGUUUACAGCGUCUGAACCUGGACCUGGCGUCGUUCUGCUGCCUCGCCACGCUCGUCAUCAUAACCGAUCGACAUGGCCUGAAGGAGUCAAAGAGGGUAGAGGAUUUCCAGACCCAUCUGAUUGCGUGCCUCAAAGACCACAUUGCCACGAGUGUCUCCGAAGAGGCACGUCCAAACUACCUGUCCCGGCUGCUGGGGAAACUGACCGAGCUCAAGACACUGUAUACUCAAGGCUUUCAUCGCAUCUUCUACCUUAAACUUGAACAUCUCAUCCCACCUCCUCCGAUUGUGGACAAGAUCUUAAUGGACACAUGGCCUUUCGGUAACUGACUCGGCGGCGCUAUUUAUAGACACGAUUUUUAACAAAGACUCGGAUUAGACGUGAACAAUAGCACAGCAGAGCAGAAAAGGGAUUCGGAAGCACUUGUCUAAGCCUGGCAGCUCUGUAUUCUUUUAAGGCGUACGACUAUGAUCUUCUCGACGGGAGUCCGAAAGACGUUCAGUGAACAUUCUGGAAAAUCUUGCAGGAAAGAAAUUUCUUUUAAAAAGCUUCACCAAGUCUCCGUAUGUUUCCUUAACCCCAUAUUUUGUUUCAGAUUUUUGGAAUUGUGGCUUUUUUUUUUUGGUGAACUUAAAACAACAGAAAUCAGUGAUUUUGUGCAGCUUGAGAACUGAACAAGAUAAAUGAUACAGUGUGUGUGUGUGUGUGUGUAUGUUCGUGUGAAAGGAAUCAAAUCCUCUCACUGAAACAGUAUUAGAGCGCUAGAACUUCAAAACGUACAUGAUACGAUGCAACAUCCAGAGAACUCAAUGGUGCUUUAAAUACACAACUGUGGUUUAGGUUAAAGACAAAAAAACAAGAAAAAGGCCAUGGACCAAAACUAAUACUGUUUACUUAGUUGCACAAAAUGAGCCCUAUAUAUAUAUAUAUAUAUAUAUAUAUAUAUAUAUAUAUAUAUAGCGAUUAACACCUGAGACAUAAAUUCAUUAGGAGCCCAGAAUGAAUGUGAAUAUAAUCGAAACCUUCUGUUCGAGUCGGAUUUAACUGCCACGUGCUCUUCUGAAAAACACAACAUGCCUUUCUUUAUUCGAUGUACAACUGAAGUUUACUCUUUAUUCGGAUACCUGUUUUUUUGUUGUUUUUUUUUGGAUUUUUCGUCGGUUUUGCAUCUCUAACUGCGACGAUGACGAUGAUACAUUUCCAUCAAAACAUUUCUAAAUUUGUCCAGUGAUUUUGUUCUGGGGUUUUUUUUAAGCCUAUGAACUCUUAGUAUUAUCACAGAUUGAAGAAUUUGUUUAGUGUGACAGCCAGAUUUUAGCUUCUACAUAUUUGUAUGUACUGUUUGUAUAGAGAUGGCUUGAUAUGCUCUAUAUUUUUGUCUUUAUACUGGCAUAGUGAAAUUGUCUGGGCAUUAUGGUGUUUUUUAUAUAAUAUUUUUGAUAUUCUUAGAUAUUUGCUGUCUUUCAUGACUAAUGUUGUUCAGAACUAUACAUUAAAAUGAUGAACGAUCA